UUCUAACGCUUGUUUCCUUUGAGACUCUCUGUGUCGGAUGCGGAUAUUCCUUCCAGCACUUUUCCAAAGCGUCAACCGUACUUCUCAGACACCUACCUGCAAAUCCCCAAGGUCAUCAUCGACAUCGAGACUCCAAGACCCUCUAUUCUAUCCUUUCCCGACCCACCCACCGCAUUCCCCAAGAUUUGACAACCCGAAGUCGUCACAAGUCACGACUGCGAAAACCCUCACUGUGCCCUCCCUCCCACCUCCCGGUGCCGAACACCUCGUGCCAUCCUAGACCCCUACGUUACUAAGCCAGCGAACUCACGCACCCUCCCAGUGGAGCCCAGCAAGAGGCCUAUCUGCCAGACCGACUCUUUAUCUAAGAGUUUUGACCUAGUCUCCAAUUUUCUGAAGACGCAGUCAUAGUCAAGAGGGGGAGUCGCACAGCAUAUGUGAGAAACAUGGGAUGAGGGGCAGUCCACCAAGAGCAGUAGUUCAUUUCGCGUGGACACGCGCUCAGACUCAACAACCCUUCCAGCAAACAUGCGCCGACAUCAUGGACGAGCACUGUCGCCCUACCAUGGCCGCACCGCCGCUCCUCCUUCCGCAGAAGUCUCCUUGGUCCGCAGUUUUGACUCCAAGAUCAAUCCGUCAAGACCUGCCAGACAGUCCCCCUUAGCAACCUCUCAGAUCCAAGGCAUGCCGUUAGACUUGAUCGACCGCAUUCGUUCUUUUCCUCUAUUCCAAUCCACCUCGGACGAUUUCCUCGCCGACAUUGGCCUCCUCCUCAAACCCCAGCUGCACAACACCAAUGACUACAUCAUCACCGAAGGCGAAGAUGCCAAAGCGAUGUACUGGCUUGUCCGGGGCGCCGUCGCGGUGACGUCUCGGGACGGUGAGAGCACCUUUGCUGAACUAAAACCCGGUGCCUUCUUUGGAGAAAUUGGAAUCCUCAUGGAACGGCCUCGCACCGCCACGGUGGUUGCCCGAACAAGGUGUAUGGUGCUGGCGCUGAAGAAGGAGGACCUGAAAAAGAUACUACCGAAUUAUCCUGACGUGGAACAGGCUAUUCGGGACGAGGCACUGGAACGACUGACACAACUGGAGAAGAAGAAGAGACAAGUAUUGCUCGGCACGGAAGACGUCCCAAACCACGAAAGAAGAGGCUCUAAGAGAGCAAGGGUGACGGUUGGAGAGGACGUAUACAUGAGAGACAGUGACGGCAGCGUCACAAGCUCGAGCAAGCGGCGCAAAUCUCCCAGCCCCGGCACGAACGAGGUGUCAACAGCAAGCGCAUUAGGGCAUGGCCUCGUGAACAUUCGUGCGACCUUGAAGGAGCUGCCGCUGUUUGCCUCUCUACCUUCCGAUAUUCUCCAUUUUCUCGGUCUCAGUGCCCAGCCAAGAAGCUUUGCACCCUUUACAGACAUUAUCAAACAAGACACCAGAGGCCGCGAGGUCUAUUUCAUUGUCCGUGGCGAGGUUGAAGUGUUGGAUGAGAGGAAUGUGUCAACUCCCAAGCCACACAAGGCCGGAGAACCCAACGGCGUGCCGGGUACACCACGGGUGAAAGCUCGGCUCAAGCCAGGACAGUACUUCGGUGAGGUGGUGAGUCUGUCGCUAGCAGACCGUCGAACGGCUACUGUGCGAUCGGUAACCCAGGUUGAGUGCCUGAUGAUUUCCGAAAAUGUGCUGGCGGAUUUUUGGAAUCGCUGUCCGCCGAGUGUCUUGCGACAAAUUGAGGAGACCGCGAAGUACCGAUUACAGCUGGCGUCAGAUAACGAUGUUGUCAUGAACGACGCAGACGCAACGCCUGACAUUCAUGAUCUUGAAAUCCGGGACUCAAAAGAGAGGAGGCAAAAGAAAAUCUUCACUGGACCCCGGGUAACGUUUACAGACACUGAGAUCAGUAGUUCGACACAGCCCGCCCAGACGGAGGAACCGAACAAUACCCUUGAACCUUCAGACCCCGAUCCUUUCUUGAGUGAGGGCCUCGAGAAGGUCAGAUCAAGAUCAAGGAGAGGCUCUCUUGCUCCGCCGCCUCCAGAUGAGCCAGCAAAAGAUCAGAGACGCCGGUCUCCUCGAUCAUCACCUACUACCACAACCAACCCAUCUCCCAGGAGUUCGGCAUCUGGAACGCCAUCUCCCACGUCCGAGUAUAAAGGCAGCAGCGGCUUUCCAUUUUCCGACCCCUUUUCCCCAGGAGGUCGACCCAAACCCCGACCACGCUCCAGUCGCGGCCUGAAUCGGGGAAGGAUCCCUGAUAGACUGCUGCCGCUGAUACUCGAAUAUCUCGACUUGCAUGAGUUGAUGCGUUUGCAAGGAGUUUCCCUCCAUUGGCAGAAUGUUCUCAGUACUGCACCUAAUCUACUCCACCAUCUUGACCUAUCACGCUAUAAUCGAAAAAUCACGGACGACAUCCUAAUCAACCGCAUCUGUCCGUUUGUCGCGGAAAGACCUAGAUUCAUUGACAUCAGCAACUGCUUUCACAUCAGCGACGAAGGCUUCGCCGCUUUGGUCAACACAUGCGGAGCCAAUGUCCAGGGGUGGCGGAUGAAGAGCGUCUGGGACGUUACUGCUCCGGCGAUCCUGGAGAUGGCAAACAAGGCUCGUGGACUCAAGGAAGUCGACUUGAGUAAUUGCCGGAAAGUCAGCGAUACAUUACUAGCGAGAAUAGUUGGCUGGGUGGUCACGGCACAGCCUCAAGCCCCUAGCAACCGCACCAAGAUCAAUUCGCACCGUCCUGUCAUCAACACCAAACUUAACAACACUCCUCCGCAGCAACCUCCCCCGGGCACAGUCAUCGGAUGUCCAGAGCUGAGCUCCAUCACUCUAAGCUACUGCAAGCACAUCACUGAUCGAACGAUGGCCCAUAUCGCAACACAUGCGCACAAUCGUAUUGUUUCAAUGGACUUGACUCGCUGUACGACUAUAACGGAUGCUGGGUUUCAAUUCUGGGGCAAUGUCAAGUUUGAACGCUUGAGAAAACUGUGUUUGGCCGACUGCACAUAUCUCAGCGAUCAGAGCAUUGUGUGGCUCGUCAAUGGGGCGGGUAGUGGUCUAAGACAGCUUGACCUGUCCUUCUGCUGCGCGCUCUCUGACACGGCCACCGAGGUUCUUGCCUUGGGUUGUCCGAAUCUCACCCACCUGAACCUCUCCUUCUGCGGCAGCGCUGUUUCCGACCCGAGCCUACGUUCAAUCGGCCUUCACUUGACUUCCCUUCGCGAACUCGCCGUUCGGGGAUGUGUUCGUGUAACGGGCCUCGGAGUUCAAAGCGUCGUCGAGGGCUGCCAGAAACUCAAACUAUUUGACGUGAGUCAGUGUAAGAAUCUUCAGCCCUGGCUGGUAAGUGGUGGAGUUGAGCGGUGGCGGUCGAUGGGCCGUGAUGUAGAGUUUGUGGUGGUCAGUUCAGGAACGAAGUUGGUUCGGUGAAGAUCCGGAUAUGCCUUGAACGCCAUGUUUGGUUGCUAUUUUACCGUGCAGCGAGUUCAAACUACGCCAGCGAUUUAUGUCUGCAUAUGCGUGCAUGAAGAUCUAUUUGGGAAAAGCAAAGACUCCCCGGACAAACGAUGCGAGAAACGACAUGUACCGAAGGCAUGAGCAAUGAACUCGAUACCCGCCAAGCUGCGAAGAGAGCCCAAGGAUCUGACGAGCAACGAUGAUAAGGAGUCCCCAGAAGCGGCGUGCAGCGCGGCUUCCUUCAGUGAGGACGACAUGGAUCUAUUCUAAUCUAUCUAUGUGGCAAUGAGGAGAGGCGAGGACAGAGACAAGGAGAAGGCGGCAGGCGAGGUUUGGUUUUCUUCUUGUUGUUGUUGUGACUACUUAGCAUUUUGACGGACAGAUACCCCCCUAUAUUUUCGAAAUACUUCUUUGAUAUCUCCAAGAUGCGAAGACAGAGAGCGAGGAAGAGAGAGAGAGAGAGAGAUACCUCGUUGUCGAGGGCUAUGAAAUUUACC